AUGAUUGAUACUUCUUUGAAAUUGGUAUCUGAUAAUUUAGAAGCUAUGCGUAAGUUUUCAGAAGUUUAUGCAAAAAGAACAGGUACAUUUUUUUGUUCAGACGUAGCUGUAACUGCUGCAGUAAUUGAAGGAUUGGCAAAGCAUAAAGAUGAAUAUGGUUCUCCAUUAUGCCCUUGUCGUCAUUAUGAAGAUAAAUCAGUAGAAGUGUUAAAUGCUUACUGGAAUUGUCCAUGUGUACCAAUGAGAGAACGAAAAGAGUGUCAUUGUAUGCUUUUCUUAACACCAGAUAAUGAGUUCGUUGGAGAUAGUCAAGUAAUAGAAGCUGAAAUAUUAUUGCAAAAAAUUAGCUAG